AUGAAGCAACUACACAAAAAUGGUCUGGUCCAUGGAGAUCCUCGCGUGCCGAAUGUAAUUCUUGACGGGGAAAAGCUUCUCUGGAUUGAUCUUGUAAAAGUAAUGGAAGCGAGCCCAACUUUGAAACAAAUUGAUGCUGAAAUUCUCACACGAUCCAUCCUCAGUGUUUCUCUGACCACUAUGCUGGACCCGGCGCUGAUCAAGUUAAUUGACUACUUUGGCAUGAGCAACACAUCAGAAAGUCUUAUCAAUCUUGCUGAAUUAGUCUCUGAUAGCCUGGGAUUUUUAAUGUAG